AAAUAUACGAGUGUGUGAGAACGAAGGAGAAGAAGAAACCACAGGAUGCUUAGCUUGAGAUAUUCAUUACCUUAUCUUCUUCUUCAAACAAGGGAAUCAUCAACUAAGCUCUUCUCCAAAAGGCCUAACAAUGUUGUGGUUUGUGCGGCGAGAGGUCCAAGACCUCGGUCUCCUCGAGUAUGGAAAACAAGGAAGAGGAUUGGAACUGUCUCCAAGGCUGCUAAAAUGAUUGCUUGUAUAAAAGGAUUGUCGAAUGUUAAAGAAGAAGUUUACGGAGCGCUUGAUUCCUUCAUUGCUUGGGAAUUGGAGUUCCCUCUUGUUAUAGUUAAGAAGGCAUUAGUUAUACUUGAAGAUGAAAAAGAGUGGAAGAAGAUUAUUCAGGUGACAAAAUGGAUGCUGAGUAAAGGCCAAGGAAGAACAAUGGGAACUUACUUCUCAUUACUAAAUGCUUUAGCAGAAGAUAAUCGGCUUGACGAAGCUGAGGAAUUGUGGAACAAAUUGUUCAUGGAACAUUUAGAAGGAACUCCUAGAAAGUUCUUCAACAAAAUGAUCUCUAUAUAUUACAAGAGAGAUAUGCACCAAAAGCUCUUUGAGGUAUUUGCUGACAUGGAGGAGCUUGGAGUGAAACCGAACGUUGCGAUUGUGUCUAUGGUUGGAAAAGUUGGGAGUUCAGAUACAUCAAAGGAAGACGCGGUUAAGGUCAAGGCAAAGCAGCUAAAUGAGUUAAGCGAAGGUGAAGGUGGUUUAAGCAGCGACGAAGAUAAGAUUGAUACUGAGAUUGAGAGUAAUUCUAAAAUGUUGUCAGAUAAGGAACCAGAGCAAGAUGGUGAGGAUCUUAGUGAAGAGGAAGAAGAUGAAAAAGAAUUUUUGGGUGGGAAUCAAUGACAGAUUGGAACUUCUAGAGAACCCAGUCUUGAUCAUUUGGACUCUUCUUGACUUAAAGUGUUUGCUUCAUGAGCUUUUGAGAUCGUAUCUACCGUUGAAUCAUCUAUAAGGAAAAUAGAUAGACGGCCAAAGU